ACAUUUAUGUGAAUUCAUGUACUUUAAAUAUAAUGGCCGUCACCAUACAUUUAUGUGAAUUCAUGUACUUUAAAUAUAAUGUGGAGAUCACGUGACGGUAACGCAAGACACGGAAAAUAAUUUUUCCACAUUGUACUGUAUGGUCUCCCAAUAAAUUACGUCCCCAGAAACAAAUGUCGGAAUACCAAACGCUCUGAGAAUUCGCGCCUUACGGAAAAAACCCUCUCUCCUCAUUCCUCUCUCUCUCUUCAUUUCCCACCUCUCCCUCAUUGCAGUACCUUUACGACAGAGAGAGAGAGAGAGACAGAGAGAGAGAGAGAGGAUGGGAGCUUGCGCGACCAAGCCGAAGGCGGAAGCCGGCGAGGCUCCGGCGCCUGAGCCGGAGAAGGAAAUCCUGUCGGGGAAGGAGGAGGUGGUCGUCGAAGAGGAGUUGAAGAAGGUGGACGGAGAGAAAGACAAGGAGAUUGUUGAUGAUGAUAAGCGUCGAUCUCUGGGUAACUUGUUCGAGAAAGAAGGGAAGUACACGACUGAAGAAGAUAAGACCCCAUCAGAUCCAGUGAAACAAGAGGAAUUAUCAGUAAAUCAAAAUCCUACUGAAGGUUCUGGUGAAACCAAUCCCAAUGAAUCUGGCAAAACCGAAACUCCAGUUGAGCAGACAUCAAAGGAAGUCAUUGAAACAGUUGACGUUGCACCAACUACUUUAGUCUCAAUCGAAGAAGCAAUCGUGUCCCCAGUUAAUAUCGAGACUCAAGAGCCGGAGGAAAAGCAAAUAGUGGAAGACAAACCAGCUGCAACAGAGAGUCAAAAAUCUGAAACACCCGAGGAAAAUGAAGCAGUAGAAGAGAAAACGACAACGGUGGCUCAAAAACCUGAAACUGCUGUUGAGGAGAAGACAACGGAAGGUAAAUGAAGUAUCUGUUAAUUUCAAAAGUGCGUUACUGAACAGCUUUAGGGAGCUCAAACCCAACGGUUUGAACUGGCAUUUGUGUGUUUGGUGUUGGAAGAAGACAAGUAAGGUAUCGAGACCGGUAAGUGGUUUUUUCUUUUUUUGAGAGUAGUUGCUAUUUUUUAUAAAGUAGCCUUUUUUCCCCCUUUGAGUUUCCAUGUAUUGAUGCUCUUCCCCACAAUUACUUCUAUUUCUGCUUCUGGACGUGUGGAGUUGUUUGUCCAGUAAUGUGAGCAUAGGUUGUAAUUGCUUUGUCUAAUAUGAAAACUUAUGUUUUUGUUGGA